CAUACUGAUCUGAGGAUCAGCUGGAGGCAGCAAUAAACAGGAGGACAAACGAUACGAGAGGCUCUAAAAGCUGCAGAUGUUAUAAUCUGAAACAUCGGUGUAAUACAUUACACGAAGCCCUUCUUCUGAGAAGAAAGCCUUUUUAUUUUUAUACGAUGGUGCUUUGACUACCUCUCUUAAAGGCUAUCUAAAGCUAUGCUUUAAGAAUUCUCCUUCCUACUGUGUGUGAUUACGUUUACAACUUGAAUAUAAUAUUGCAAAGGCAGGCCUUUGUUCCAAACCAAGUGAAACCGUGAAACCUUACAUUUUGCACUACUGAAGCCCACCCUCCACUUGUCCAAACCAAGAUCCAGCAAGGGCUUUGGAAGAAAGCAAAGCCUAAUAAUAAUAAUUAAUAAUAAUAAUAUUCAGUCCUACCUUGAAACAAAAACCUUUCAAAGGCAGCUACAGCUUUUUUUGUACUCCGUCUUCAAAAAGUAAGGCCAAGCCGUCAUGUUUCAACGUCUAAGCAACUUGCUGUUUGGGGAGGUCGAAGAAGUGGCUGCUGAACUGAAGGGACCUAAUCCCUGUGUGACAGAGGCGGACGAGGAAGGAUGGAUGCUUGUCAACCUUCCCGAUGAAUCUGGUUGCAUGAUGCAGGCUGACCAUGAGACACAGGCCCAACUUAUUAUUGCACAUCCAUUUCCAGACAGUAAUAAAUCAAAUCUCGAAGAUGCUCAUGUUCGGACUGAAUGCCAAACUUUUAUUGCACGCCCACCAAAUAAGCGCCGGAGGACACGUAACGACCGGACGCAUGGGGCAAUAACGCCAGACUCCAUGGCAACAUUGUCAAGACGGGCCAGACUGUCCACAGCCUCCUCCGCCCAGUCAACUUCUCCUGCUGGGAGCGAGUGUGGGGGCAGUGGGGAUAGCAGUAGGGCAGGCUCGGAGAGAGGCUGCAUGGAUGAGAGCUGGUUUGUCACCCCUCCCCCCUGUUUCACUGCAGAGGGAGCCACGGCGGAGACGAGUCCAAUGGAGGACCUGCUCAUCGAGCACCCCAGCAUGUCCGUUUAUGUUUCACCAAGCAACCUGUCCAUGGUGUCCAACAGCAACCUCUCUGUGGUUGGCGAGGAAAGCAUUGUGAGCUUGGCGAGUAGUGUGAGCAGAGUGGCUGAGCCAGCUGCUGCACCGGCCACCCACACCCCUGGGCCAUUCAGGGUGAGUUUUGGACCUUAUGUCCAGCCUAAGGUCGCCCAAGUGGCAAGAGUCCAGCGUAGCAAAGCUCGCAUGGAGAGGCGUCAACUGAGCCGCAACCGUAUCCAACGGCAAAACCGCGCCCGGGAGCAGAUUCCUCGCCACGCCAGUCAUGCUAGAAACACCUUCUUGCAUCAGCCUAGCAAGCGUAACUUCUGCCACUAGACCCCCAAAAUACUGGGGAUAUCGUUUACUCUGAGGGCAUUUAAAGAGCAUCGUCAACUUUGUACGCAUUUAGUGCAUUCAAGCAGCUUGAUCCAUUUUGCCCCUUUCUGUUUCAUUGAGGUUUGAUUACAUUCUACAGUGUAUCACAAAAGUGAGUACACCUCUGGCAUUUCUGCAGAUAUUUAAGUAUAUCUUUUCAUGGGACAAC